UGUGGUGGUCUCUUGCUACUAAUCGUGGUGUCUUGCAGCUAAUAAAAUCCUAUCGUUCACCUCCCGUCUCCAAUAGUUAUUGAUGGUGCAUCAAGGUGUAGCUCCAAGGCUGAGCACAUGAAACUUAAUAAAGCUAACUGGCUUGUGCAGGAAGAUAUUGACAUAAUGGUCUGCGGAAAUGGAACAGGCACUGGAAGAUGCCCCAAAAACUUUACAUGUAUGGCUGGCAUUGGAAUCAAUCCAAAUAAUGGAUAUACAAACUUUGAUAAUAUUGGAUGGGCAUUAAUUACAGCAUUUCAACUCAUCACACUUGACUUCUGGGAAAACACAUAUAAUUUGGUGCUUCGUGCUAGUGGAGCUCACUAUAUUAUAUUCUUCAUAGUUGUCGUCAUGUUUGGUGCUCACUAUAUCGUAAACCUGGUGCUGGCAGUUGUGGCAGCUUCUUAUGAAAAAGAAGCAAAAAGGAAACAAGAAGCAAAAGAGGAGGAAGAACGAAUUUUGGAGCUAAGACGGCAGAAGAAAUUACUGAAUAGAAAAUGUAGUCAUCUAAAUCCAAAAGAUCGCUUUCGCAAAUGUGGACAAAAGCUGGUUCGAGGUUUCUCAGUGGAUUCUGCCUUGUCUCAAACGACACAACUGUCACAGUUCGGCGACAAGGAAGAAACUGAAAACCAAAAGAAUUCAAAAUGUAACCCCUUGAAAAAAAGACUGAGGCGAAUGUUCUGUUCUUGGAUCUGUUGUCCAGGAUUCCUAAGACUGCAGGAGUAUCUAAUAAUGGUUGUUUCACACCCAGUUUUUGAAGGAGUGAUUACUAUCUGCAUCCUAAUAAAUACUCUAUUGUUGUCAAUAGACUACCAUCAGGCACCAUAUACUCAUUCAUUAGAAAGUGGGAACACGGUGUUAAACUUGUUCUUGGCUCUUCUCCUCAAUUUCUUUUCUGGAGAUACACUAACUGCAAACACAAAAGAAGAAAAGGGAUCGCCAUAUAAAGAUUAUAUCAAGAACUUCCUAUUUCUGCUAGCAAGUCGAAAAACAAAUAAACCAUUUUUGGGUAAAGUACAACCAGAAGAGCAAAACAAUACCUCAGAAGCAGAUAGUGUUCAUCCUUCCAAUGAGGUGCCUUUAGCAAACUGCAACGUGGAACACAAUAUAAACAUCCAAAAGGAAACAACAUUGUCAAGUAUUGUUGAACCAACAGCAAUGCAAACAUUGUCCCACAGUGGUGUACUCCCUGCACCAGACAAAAACGAAGUGCCGACUGUCAGUGCACUGUGUGAUCCAGUUGUUGGUGGGCGGAAGUAUGAAAAUGGAUCAGCAGUCUUGAUGCUGGAGACUUUGGAAGAAGUGCAGCAAGAAAUGGAAAGUGAACAGGUAUCUCCAUCUGUGAACAUCAAUAGUCUAGAAAAAGAAAAACAAAUCAAUGAUAAGCGUGUCUGUGAAGAUAAUAAAGCAGCAGAUCAAAAACAGGCAUCCUCUGUGGAAGAAGCUGAGGACGAGGAACCCAAAGCAGAGACAAAGAUAAUGCAACCCUGCUUGCCAGCCAUUUGCAAUGAGAAGUGCAAUUGUUGCAAUAUAAUUAGGAGUACAUUCUUGACAGAAAUCUUUCUGAAAGUGAGGACAUUGAUGUUCAAAGUGGUGAAUAAUCGAGUAUUUGAUGGAAGUGUAUUAUUUGUCAUACUUUUGAGUACGAUGACCCUGACAUUAGACGACAAAUAUUUGCAAAAAGAUGAAAAGGUCCAGCUGGCACUGAAGUAUCUGGAUUACUUUUACACCUUCUUUUUCAAUUUUGAAAUGAUUGUUAAGGUACUGGGACUUGGCUUAACAGACUAUUUUACAAAUGUCUGGACAUUACUGGAUUUCUUCCUUGUAGUGAUUGGGUGGCUCAGUAUGCUGGGCAGCAGCAUUCAGGCCUUCAAAUCCCUGCGAUCCCUGAGAACAUUACGUGCUUUGAGGCCCUUGCGAGCCAUUUCUCGUUGGGAAGGAAUGAGGCUUGUGGUUAAUGCUCUGGUUGCUUCAAUCCCAUCAAUUUCAAAUGUUAUGUUUGUUUGUCUCAUAUUCUGGCUGAUAUUUGGCAUUGUUGGAGUUCAGAUCUUCGGUGGAACUUUCUUUGAAUGUGUGGAUAAAAAUAAUGAGCGUCUUCCCAUAAGUAUUGUAAAUAAUCGAUCCGAAUGUGAAGCAAAUCAGGAUAUUGGCUACCAAUGGGUCAACCCCAAGAUUAAUUUUGAUAAUGUAUUGGCAGCCUACAUGGCACUGCUGCAGGUGGCAACAUUUGAGGGUUGGCUAGAAAUUAUGGCAAAUGCUGCGGAUACCCGUGGGAUUGACCUUCAACCAGAAAUGGGUGCAAAUCCAUACAGCCUCUUCUACUUCGUAGCUUUUAUUGUCAUUGGAACAUUUUUUACUCUAAACCUUUUCAUUGGUAUAAUUAUUGAUAAUUUCAACACCAUGCACAAAAGGGUGAAAGGGGCUUUGGUUACAGUUCUCACAGAAGAUCAAAGAAGAUUUUAUGGCACACUUAAACGUCUAAGUAAGACAAAACCAGUUAAGAAAAUCCCAACUCCAAAGAAUAUAAUACUUUACAAGUUCUACAAACUUGUGAGCAACAAAUGGUUUGAACCAUUCACUAUUGCUUUGAUUACAUUGAAUGUGCUGGUGAUGGCAUGUGAUCAUUAUGGCCAAUCAAAAAUGUUUGCUUUAGUAUUAAAUCGGUUCAACGUAAUAUUUGCCGCUCUGUUUACCGUUGAAGCAAUUUUAAAACUUUUGGGCCAACGACAAUACUACUUCACUCAGGCAUGGAAUAUCUUUGAUUUUCUAGUCGUUGUUCUUUCCCUUGUAGGAAUUGCAUUAGAUUCAUCUGCAUCCAAAAAGCAAGGUGUCUCCCCAACUAUUUUGCGAGUGUUCAGAAUUGUAAGACUUGCAAGAUUGUUGAGGCUGGUCCGAUCUUUAAAAGGAAUUCGGAAGCUGCUCUUUACUCUAGUCAUAUCUAUCCCAGCUCUUUUCAACAUUGGACUCCUGCUGGGUCUCGUAAUGUUUAUUUAUUCAAUAUUGGGCAUGAGUUUGUUUCGGGAUCUACCAAGAGAACCUCCAAUAAAUGACAUGGUAAAUUUUGAAACUUUUGGAAACAGUAUGAUGCUUCUGUUUAGAUUGACAACGGCUGCUGCAUGGAAUGAGAUCCUUCAUGUGAUGAUUAAUUCUCAUGUUCAACGUCAAUUUGUAUCAUUCAUGUACAUGACAUCAUAUAUUGUUGUUGCAAAUAUUGUGAUCAUCAAUAUGUAUGUAGCUGUUAUAUUAGAAAACUUUCAUGAAGCCCAAGAACAAGAACUCGCUGGAGUUACUGAUGAAGAUGUUGACAUGUUUUAUGAAGUCUGGAGUAACUAUGAUGUGAAAGCUACACAAUUCAUCACAUACGAUCAGUUAUCUGAUUUCCUAAAUGAGCUGAAAUCUCCUUUACGAAUACCAAAGCCCAAUGCAGUUAAACUUGCAGCUCUGAAUCUGCCACUAAUUGAUGGCAAUAAGUUACAUUGCUUGGAUGUCCUCGAAGCGCUAAGUGCUGUAAUUGUUGGAAAGGUAACUCAGUCGGAGCCCUUGAAAAAGCUAAGUGGUGAUGUUUUUAAAAUGUCAACGAAAAUAUUCCCAAUUCGUAUCACCAUGGAAACAACCACAACUACACUAAUGAUACGAAAAGAGAUCAAGGCUGCCAUGACAAUACAGAAAGCAUUUCGGAAAUUUCGAAUCCAUAAAACAAUCAAAACAAAGGUCGAUAGAUCUCACAGCUCCUUAAGAAAAUCACAACGAAGUCUACAGUCCAGCAGACCUAAUUCACCUUUAACAUGAUCCGCAAAUGCUAUCAGUAGAAACUUUGACAGAUGUAAACUGAGAACAUUUUAUUGGGUGCCUUUGGUGAAUAAAGCAAAACCUUUAAAAGGGUUAUAUUCAUUGCCACUGCACUUGUUGAUCCAAAGUGCUUUCAUUCCAGUCAUGGAAUUCAUGUGCGUUCAUUUAACUUUAUAAUCUAAAUGUUGUAUUUACUUGGAGAAGCUCACCUCUGGCAAUUGAACUCAGUAAACAAAUAAUGUCGAAGGAGGUGCAAUAUCUUCACAAUUAAGCAUCAAUCAUGAACUGCUGUAUGUUGGGUAGAAGGCAACAGGGAUAAAUUACCAGAUUAUGAUUAAUAAAUAUGUUCAGGCUAAAUGGACAUGAAGGCCAUAACCAAAAUACAUGAAACAGAUGCAACAUAAUGAGCCUUGUAUGGUGCAAUC